GCGGCGCGGGGCGGCCGAGCGCGGGGAGAGCCGGGCUCGCGGACCUGUGGGCGCGCGCGGUCGCACCCGGCCCGGCCCCGACCCCCGCGGCGGCGCGGGCCGAGGAGCGCGGCCGGGAGGAUGUCGGCGGGCGGCCGCGAGGAGGAGCGGCGGAAGCUGGCGGACAUCAUCCGGCACUGGAACGCCAACCGGCUGGACCUGUUCGAGAUCAGCCAGCCCACCGAGGAUUUGGAGUUCCAUGGAGUGAUGAGAUUUUAUUUUCAAGAUAAAGCUGCUGGAAACUUUGCAACGAAAUGCAUUCGGGUGUCUAGUACUGCUACCACCCAGGAUGUCAUCGAGACACUGGCGGAGAAAUUCCGGCCUGACAUGCGGAUGCUAUCGUCCCCCAAGUACUCCCUCUAUGAAGUGCACGUCAGUGGAGAAGAAAGAAGAUUGGAUAUAGAUGAGAAGCCCCUUGUUGUUCAGUUGAAUUGGAAUAAAGAUGAUCGAGAGGGCAGAUUUGUUCUUAAGAAUGAGAAUGAUGCCCUUCCUCCUAAGAAGGCUCAAAGCAACGGACCUGAAAAGCAGGAGAAAGAAGGUGUUAUCCAGAACUUCAAGAGAACUCUCUCAAAGAAAGAAAAGAAGGAGAAAAAGAAGAAAGAAAAAGAGGCAGUGAGGCAGGCGUCUGAUAAGGAUGAUGGGCCUUUCCAGGGGGAUGACAUUGAGAAUUCCCGUCUGGCCGCCGAGGUUUACAAAGACAUGCCCGAGACCAGCUUUACGCGAACGAUUUCGAAUCCGGAGGUGGUCAUGAAGCGGCGCCGGCAGCAGAAGCUGGAAAGGAGGAUGCAGGAGUUCCGGAGCUCGGACGGGCGGCCGGACUCAGGUGGAACAUUGAGAAUUUAUGCAGAUAGUUUAAAACCAAAUAUUCCAUACAAGACAAUCCUGCUGUCUACCACAGACCCUGCAGACUUUGCUGUGGCUGAAGCUUUAGAGAAAUACGGUCUGGAGAGAGAAAACCCAAAGGAUUACUGCAUUGCCCGGGUUAUGCUUCCUCCUGGAGCCCAGCAUUCUGAUGAAAAAGGUGCUAAAGAAAUUAUCCUUGAUGAUGAUGAGUGCCCUUUACAAAUCUUCAGGGAAUGGCCGAGUGACAAAGGGGUUUUAGUCUUUCAGUUGAAGAGGAGGCCACCAGACUAUAUCCCAAAGAAAACUAAGAAACACGUCGAUGGGAAGCUGGCGAAGGGCAAGGAGAAAGUGGAGGGGUCAGGCUAUGGCUCUGCACUUCCGCCCGAGAAGCUGCCCUAUUUAGUAGAGCUAAGCCCAGGGAGAAGGAAUCACUUUGCCUGCUACAACUAUCACACUUACGAAGAUGGCUCGGACUCCAGAGAUAAGCCCAAGCUUUACCGCCUCCAGCUGAGUGUCACCGAGGUUGGGACGGAAAAGUUCGACGAGGACUCCAUCCAGCUCUUUGGAUCAGGAAUUCAGCCCCAUCACUGUGACCUCACAAACAUGGAUGGAGUGGUCACUGUCACGCCAAGAAGCAUGGACGCUGAGACUUACGUGGAAGGACAGCGCAUCUCAGAGACAACCAUGCUGCAGAGUGGGAUGAAAGUGCAGUUUGGGGCCUCACAUGUGUUCAAGUUUGUGGACCCCAGCCAGGACCACGCUCUGGCAAAGAGAUGUGCGGAUGGGGCCCUGACGGCCAAGGGUCCCAGACAAAAGCCUGGAAUUGUUCAAGAGACAACUUUUGAUUUAGGAGGAGAUGUUCACAGCGGAACAGCGUUACCAACAAGCCAGAGCGCCACGAGGCUGGACGGCGACCGGGCAGUGCCUGCCUCCGGCUCGGCGGAGCGCGGGAUGGUGAAGCCGAUGAUCAGAGUGGAGCAGCAGGACCGCCGGCAAGAGAGCAGAACUCAGGACGCUCCUGGGCCCGAGCUGGUACUGCCUGCAAGCAUCGAAUUCAGGGAGAGUUCUGAAGAUUCAUUUUUAUCUGCCAUCAUAAACUAUACUAAUAGCUCUACAGUCCAUUUUAAGUUGUCCCCUACAUAUGUGUUAUACAUGGCGUGUCGGUAUGUAUUGUCCAGCCGGUGCAGACCCGACGCCAGCCCCAGUGAGCGCGCUCACAGAGUGACCGCCACGGUCCACAAGAUGGUGAGCAUGAUGGAGGCGGUGAUCCAGGAAGUAGACCAGGUUGAUCAGAAGCAGAAGAAUAUCGCAGGGGCACUUGCCUUCUGGAUGGCCAACGCGUCUGAGCUGCUCAACUUCAUUAAACAGGACCGAGAUCUUAGUCGAAUCACACUGGACGCCCAAGACGUUCUAGCACACUUGGUUCAGAUGGCGUUUAAAUACCUAGUUCACUGCCUUCAAUCAGAACUGAGUAAUUACAUGCCAGCCUUUCUGGAUGACCCUGAAGAGAACAGCCUGCAAAGACCAAAAAUAGAUGACGUCUUGCACACGCUCACGGGAGCCAUGUCUCUGCUGCGGCGCUGCCGGGUCAACGCAGCCCUGACCAUCCAGCUCUUCUCGCAGCUCUUCCACUUUAUCAACAUGUGGCUCUUCAACCGGCUGGUCACCGACCCCGAGUCGGGGCUGUGCUCCCACUACUGGGGGGCGAUUAUCCGCCAGCAGCUGGGACACGUGGAAGCCUGGGCGGAGAAGCAGGGCUUGGAGCUGGCGGCGGAUUGUCACCUCAGCCGCAUCGUGCAGGCAACCACUCUGCUCACAAUGGACAAGUACUCAGCGGAGGACAUUCCGACGGUCAACAGCACGUGCUUCAAGCUGAACUCUCUGCAGCUGCAGGCCCUGUUACAGAACUACCACUGCGCGCCCGACGAGCCCUUCGUCCCCGCCGACCUGAUCGAGAACGUGGUGGCUGUGGCCGAGAACACGGCGGACGAGCUGGCGCGCAGUGACGGCAGGGAGGUGCAGCUGGAGGAGGACCCUGACCUGCAGCUGCCUUUCCUGCUUCCGGAAGACGGCUACUCUUGCGACGUUGUCAGGAACGUUCCCAGCGGCCUACAGGAGUUCUUAGACCCUCUGUGCCAAAGAGGAUUUUGCAGGUUAAUUCCUCAUGCACGCUCACCAGGCACCUGGACGAUCUACUUUGAAGGUGCAGAUUACGAGAGCCACCUUCUGCGCGAGAGCACGGAGCUGGCUCAGCCUCUGAGGAAAGAACCUGAAAUCAUCACUGUGACUCUGAAAAAGCAAAACGGGAUGGGUCUCAGCAUUGUCGCAGCGAAGGGCGCUGGUCAGGACAAACUCGGAAUCUACGUCAAGUCUGUUGUAAAAGGAGGCGCUGCGGACGUGGAUGGACGCCUGGCUGCGGGCGACCAGCUCCUCAGUGUGGACGGACGGAGUCUGGUAGGACUCUCUCAAGAAAGGGCGGCAGAACUCAUGACAAGAACAAGUUCUGUGGUGACGCUAGAAGUAGCAAAGCAGGGAGCAAUUUAUCACGGCUUGGCCACCUUGCUCAAUCAGCCGUCCCCCAUGAUGCAGAGAAUUUCAGACCGUCGUGGCUCAGGUAAACCCCGACCAAAGAGUGAAGGUUUCGAGCUCUAUAAUAAUUCAGCCCCAAACGGAUCACCUGAGAGCCCUCAGCUGCCGUGGGCAGAGUACAGUGAACCUAAGAAAGUGCCGGGUGACGACCGACUGAUGAAGAACCGGGCUGGCCACCGCUCCAGCCCCAACGUGGCUAAUCAGCCUCCGAGCCCCGGAGGGAAGAGCGCGUACAGCCCUGGAACAACAGCCAAGAUCACGUCUGUCUCCACCGGGAACCUCUGCACGGAGGAGCAGACCCCCCCACCGAGACCGGAGGCCUACCCCAUCCCCACACAGACGUACAGCCGGGAGUACUUCACCUUCCCCGCCUCCAGAUCCCAGGACCGGGUGGCGGCUCCUCAGAACCAGUGGCCAAGUUACGAGGAGAAGCCGCACAUGCACACAGACAGUAAUCAUUCCAGUGUCGCAGUUCAGCGUGUUACCCGUUCCCAAGAGGAACUUCGGGAGGACAAAGCUUACCAGCUAGAGCGGCGUCGAAUCGAGGCGGCCUUGGACCGCAAGUCCGAUAGCGACAUGUGGAUCCAUCAGAGCCCCUCCGUGGGCUCCAGCACCUCCAGCCAGGAGCACCUGGACCACUCCUCCAAGUCAGGCACCCCCGCGUCCACUCUGACCAAAAGCGGCCCUGGGCGCUGGAAGACGCCAGCCGCCGUGCAGCCUGUGCCGGUGGCCGUGUCCCAGCCGGUCCAAACAGACCUGCCCCCACCGCCCCCGCCACCUCCCACGCACUAUGCCGGGGACUUGGACGGAAUCCCCGUGGACUUGCCUCUCCCUCCGCCUCCCGCCGGCCAGACGGGACCCGCAGCCGCUCAGGUGGCGGCGGCGGAGCGCAGGAAGCGGGAGGAGCACCAGCGCUGGUAUGAGAAGGAGAAGGCCCGGCUGGAAGAGGAACGGGACAGGAAGCGCAGGGAGCAGGAGCGGAAGCUGGGCCAGAUGCGCUCUCAGUCCCUGAACCCAGCCCCGUUUUCCCCGGGGACCGUCCCCCACGUGAAGCCAGAAAAGCCCUCCACGCUCCAGAGGCCCCAGGAGACGGUCAUUCGGGAGCUGCAGCCCCAGCUGCAGCCCCGCACGAUUGAGCGCAGAGACCUGCAGUACGUCACGGUCAGCAAGGAGGAGCUGUCGUCGGGAGACAGCCUAUCCCCGGACCCGUGGAAGCGGGACGCCAGGGAGAAGCUGGAGAAGCAGCAGCAGAUGCACAUCGUGGACAUGCUGAGCCGCGAGAUCCAGGAGCUGCAGAGCAGGCCCGAGCGCAGCGCGGAGGAGAGCGACCGCCUGCGGAAGCUCAUGCUGGAGUGGCAGUUCCAGAAGAGGCUGCAGGAGUCCAAGCAGAAAGACGAGGAGGAUGAGGACGAGGAGGACGACGACGUGGACACCAUGCUGAUCAUGCAGCGCCUCGAGGCUGAGCGGAGAGCGAGGCAGACUGCUCUGCCAGCAAUCUCUGUUCUAGAUUUGGACGAGGAGCGGAGGCGCCAGCAGCAGCUGGAAGAGAUGCGCAAGAGGGAAGCCGAGGACCGCGCCAGGCAGGAGGACGAGCGGCGCCGCCAGGAGGAGGAGAGAACAAAGCGAGAUGCUGAAGAAAAGAGGCGACAGGAAGAAGGCUACUACGGCCGCCUGGAGGCUGAGAGGCGCAGACAGCACGCCGCGGCCGAGCGCAGGGUGCUGGAGCCCGAGGAGCCGGGUCUGUGCAGACCUCCGCUUCCGCGGGGCUAUGAGCUCCCGUCGCCGACCCCUCCGGCUGCCGCCCCUCCUCCCCCGCCUCAGCGGACCGCCUCCUCCCUCCAGGCCCCGGCCCUCUCCCCAGACUCCCUGUACACCGCCAGGCUCAUUUCGUACCACGAGGAGGAGGAGGAGGAGGAGCCCUGCAGUCUGGCAGGUCAGGAUAAGCACGCUGGCACCAGGAAGUCCCACGGGCACCUUCUGCUUCCCGCCACCCCUGAGCCACAGCAGCCCCCUUGCCCGCCGCGCCCGGCCUCCGAUGGCAUCUUUCUCUCCAACUCAUUCCAGCCACCCUCGGCCCGUGCCAACAGUACUGCUCGCACAGCGGGCCAGCCCUUGCCCCCUCCAAAAAAACCAGGCUUCUACCAGCCCAGCCACUCGAAAGGUAGAGGACCCAACUCUUACAUGGGAUCGGCUGGGACAGCUGUUGGGGCCCAUGAUGCUUACCGGGAUUCGAGAGAGAGACCGCCUAAAAGCCACGAUGCGGACUUGCCCGGAAGCUCGGGAGCCCCUGAAAACUUGACAUUCAAAGAGCGCCAGCGUCUUUUUUCACAAGGUCAAGAUGUGUCCAACAAAGUAAAAGCCUCUCGUAAAUUGACAGAACUGGAAAACGAACUGAACACAAAAUGAGCCAAGGAUGAGGUGCCCGGGCCACCCCAGGGUCCUGGGGGCGCGGCUCCGGAGGACGGGCUCGGCGAGGAGGCCACACCGGCAUGCCCGAGUCACCGAAGCGCCAUUUUGGAGUCGGCUGGGCCCCAGAGACGGUCCUGUUCCAAGAAGUUCUUUUCUUUCACCAAGAGAUGAUCACUUACAUGAUGUAAACACUGUCUCAUUUCUUAAUUACCUGACUCACAGGAA